AUGCCCUCAAUCAUACGGUCUUCUCGUCUUCUCCGCCAAAGCUUCGCAGAGCUGAUAGACGAUGGGGCUGUCGUCAUCAAUGGCAACCAAAUCGAAGAUGUCGGUUCAUGGGAUAGCAUCAAGGCAAAAUGGCAAGAUCUGCCGGUCACCAACCUGGGCGAUGCCACAUUGAUGCCUGGUAUUUUCGACUGUCAUGUAUGUACCUGCCACAUCCGGGUUUGCAAUUUGGCUAAGUCAAUGACCAAGGUACAUCUUCAAAUGGAUCCUAGUGGGAUUAACACCAGUACCGAUGUUGAUCUGCCUGACGAGGAGCUUUUGCCUUUGAUGCAGAGAAACGCUGCGAAACUCCUUGAUGCUGGAGUGACAACGGCUCGCGACUUGGGCGCCCGAGGAAUGACGGCAAUCGCAAUCCGCGAGAUGAUCAAGGAUGGCACAACGCCAGGCCCAAGACUACAGUGCGCCAAUGCUCCCUUGACAGUGGCGGGAGGCCAUGCUCACAGCAUGGGAGGUGUUUGUGAGGGUAUAGCAGGCGUCCGCGCGGAGGUCCGCAAGCGAGUCGCUGAAGGGGCAGACGUGAUAAAGGUCAUGGCGACUGGUGGGUUCAUGACGGCAGGUUCACAUCCGUCGAAGGCUCGUUUCUCCCAGGCUGAGAUGGAUGCUAUUGCCGACGAAGCCAAAAAGGCCGGACUGCCUGUGACAACGCAUGCGACUGGUACAGAGGGUAUCGAGAGAGCUGCCAACGCUCGCUUCAAUUCAAUAGAGCAUUGCGCAUGGAUAUCAUCAGACGGCAAGGCUGUAUUCGCCAUGGCGGUCGCUCGAAAGCUAGUGGAGUACGACGUUGCUGUUUGCCCCACGGUAAAUCAUAAUCUCUCUUGUACUAGACGCACGGCAAUAGGACUUACUUUGCUAUAG